UUGCAGAAUUUUAUAAGAUUUUUUUUUUUGGAAUAAAAAAGUUUUAUGAAAUGGAAACCUUUGAAGAUGAAUUUGAAAUAUGUGAAAAUGUAAAUAUAAAUCUUGAUGAAAUAUUGAACGAAGAUGUAACCGAUGACGUACAAAAUAGCCAAGUAAACCAGGCCAACUGUGAAGGCAAUACAAUGAUCGGUGAUGGAUUAGGCACGACGCCUAAAGAAAAUUCUGUGAUAGAAACUCAAGCAAGUACGAGUAAAUCUAAGACAACAGCUAGACGACGUAGAAAUGGACAAACGCGAUCAACGAUUCCUAGAUCAUCAAAACUCAAAGCAAAGCAUAUGAUUAAAGAUAUAGCUAGAGGAAUUAUUCCAAAAGAUGUGUCACAGAGUAGAAAAUCAAUUCGUUCUUCAUUUAAAAGAAAGGCAGCUAGAUCAGAUGCUACUCUACGAAAACGUCUAACUAGAGCGAGGUCGUCCGAUUCAUUAAUAUCGAAUCGUUGUCCACGUUGCGGUCAUUCUUGCUGCAAUUGGUAUUUAAACUGAAAUUUUUUGAUGAUGAUGAUUUAUUUCAAAGGUUUCUUGAUUUAUUCUUUAUAAUUAAAUAUGAAAUUC